AUGGAUUGCACAUAUAAAACCAACUGCUAUCGGCUUCCUCUUCUUGAAAUUGUGGGAGUGACAUUAACUGAAAUGACAUUCUCUGUAGCUUUUGCAUACUUACAGUAUGAGAGGGUCGAUAACUAUGCGUGGGUGUUAGCCACAUUACGUGAUGUCAUGGAUGGGUUUGUUGUGCCAACAGUUAUUGUUACUGACAGAGAGCUAGCCUUGAUGAAUGCCAUACAGAAGAUAUUCCCGAGUGCCAGACAUUUAUUAUGUCGUUGGCAUAUCAGUAAGAAUGUGUUGACGAAAUGCAAGAAAAUGUUUGAGACACAGCAAAAAUGGGAGAAGUUCAACCAUGAGUGGAACUCUGUAGUGUAUUCAUCUUCUGAAAUUCAAUACGAGGAGCGUCUUAAAUCAUUACUUAAGGAAUUCAGUAGUUAUCCUGAUGCAGUCAAAUAUGUCAUGGAUACUUGGUUGGUUCCUUAUAAGGACAAAUUUGUGGCGGCAUGGACAGACACGUGUAUGUAUUGUGGCAAUGUUACAACGAACCGGGCUGAGAGUGCACAUGCAGAACUUAAAAGACAAUUGGGUUCAUGUCAAGUCUCAUUUCAGGCAUCAUUUGAGAAAAUACACAGUCUGCUUGAGUUGCAACACACUGAUAUCAAGGCUUCAUUUGAGAAAAGUCUAACUGUUGUGCAACAUCAAUUUAAACCUUCUCAAUUCAGGGAGCUACGGGGGAAUGUGUCUAUCUCUGCAUUGGAGUAUUUGCUUGUCGAGAGUAAGAGAGCCAAUUCCAUUGGUAUUGAUGUUGAAGCUUGUGGAUGCGUCCUUCGCCACACUCAUGGUUUACCUUGCGCCCAUGAGAUUGCUGACUACAUCAGACAAGAUCGUCCUAUACCACUUGCUACCAUACACUCACAGUGGAGGCAACUUCAAAUCUCCAUAUGUAAGAAAGAAGAGGAAACGGAGGUGACUUGUCAUGCAGAAGUAGAGUUGUUUGUGAACAAAUUUAAUGAAAGUGAUAGAACCAUGCGGUUGGAGCUUUUGAAGAAGUUGAAAGAGAUUGUAUAUCCGGGAAGCACUUUUCUUGUUGAGCCGGAGGUGAAGCCCAAAACACGUCCUCGGGAUCAUAAGAAGAUCAAUGUUUCUACCUGUCGUGACCCGUGUGCAUUUGAGUUAGUGCAAUCUGGACAUGAUUCCUUCUCACCUAGGGACACUGAAAUCACUACAUUAGCUUCUACUCUGAAAACCAAGAAGAUGCGACCUAUUAAGGGAAAGGAGAAGGUGAAUCCGAAAGGGAAGGCAUGCAUUACUAGAACAGUGAAACCUGGUGCAUAUGUUGAUGCUUUCCCUGUUGGGUUGAAACCAUACAUUAAGUUUAUCAAGGAUGUAGUUGCAGAUGGGAAUUGUGGUUUCAGGGCUAUAGCUGCUUCAAUUGGUCAUACAGAAGAUGAUUGGGCUCAAGUUAGGCGUGACCUAUUGGGUGAGCUGCACACACACAAAGAGGAAUACAUUACACUUUAUGGGUCCUAUGAAAGGUUUGAAGAAUUGACAAGCAUAUUGUCAUACUUUGAAGACAGUCCUGGAUAUUCACAUUGGAUGACAAUGCCAGACAUGGGGCAUCUUGUUGCAUCGUGCUACAAUCUUGUGUUAUACCACUUGUCUUUACAUCAAUGUCUCACCUUUUUACCUCUUAGAACAGUGCCAAUACCUCAACUUGAUAGACGUGAGAUUGCCAUUGGGUUUGUCAACGGAAAUCAUUUCGUCCAGCCAGGCCAUCCAGUUCCUCCUAUUGCCACUAAUUGGAGAAAAUAUCGUCACCCUUGCGCUGUUGACUGGAAUGAUGCAUAUGUGCGUCGCAUUCAACAUUUCAAGGACAUUAUUCAUGAUAAUGUAGCUACUCGAGAGACUUUUGAUGUUGUUGAUGUCGUAUGA